AUGAGCAGCCAGAAGACGUCGUGGCCGGAGGUGGUGGGGUGGCCGGCGACCCAGGCGGUGACACAGAUCAACAGCGACAGGCCUGACGUGGCCAUCGAGGUGAUCCCGGACGGCACCAACGUGGCACCGGGGUACAACGCCCUCCGCGUCCGCGUCUACUUUGACGCCGGCAACGCCAGCGGACCCGUCAUUUACACGCCUGUCGUUGGUUAG